UCUUAGCCUGGUUUUGACUAUAUAAGUGAUGACUGAAAGUUUGAAGACAAACUUGAUCAGAAGAGAAAGAUGGAAGCUCUGAAUAUCCUUCUCUGUCUGCUUCUAACUGCCUUGCAGGCAAAAACCAUUGGUUCAUGGUCAUGGACAACAUAUGACUGGCUGUACUCAACGGGAGAUCCUUCAUAUGCAUAUUCAUGCAGGUAUAACUGUGGAUAUGACUUUGGCUCUUGUUCAUGUACACACUCUUGUCAGUACUAUGGAAACUGUUGCUAUGACUAUGACAGCUACUGCUCAAUGACAACUGAUUGGCCAGAUACAACAGAUUUACCCUCCUGCAGGUAUAACUGUGGAUACGACCUCGGCAGCUGCUCAUGCAACUACGACUGUCACUAUUAUGGCAACUGUUGCCCUGAUUACGACAGCUCCUGCUCUACAACAACUGACUGGCCAGCUACAACAGCUCCCUCCUGCAGGUAUAACUGUGGAUACUACAUUGGCAGCUGCUCAUGCACCUACAGUUGUCAUUAUUAUGGCAACUGUUGCCCUGAUUAUGACAACUACUGCUCAUCAACAACUGAAACUCCAGUAACCUGGGCAGAAACAACAGCAAAUCCCUCCUGCAGGUAUAACUGUGGAUACAAUUUCAGCAGCUGCUCAUGCAACUACGACUGUCAGUACUAUGGCAACUGUUGCUAUGACUUUCACUGGUAUUGCCCAUCGUACCCAACAACAGUUCCUCACCCUCAGUGUGGAGGACACCUGUAUGGUUCUGGACUGUUUUCCAGUCCAAACUACCCAAACUAUUACCAUGAUAAUGCUUACUGUGUGUGGUAUCUCGCUGCUCAGCAAGGACAGAGGAUCUUCCUGACAUUUGCUGAUGUGCAAUUGGAGCGCUGCUGUAACUGUGACUACAUCACAGUAUACGACGGAUCUUCCACUGGUUAUCCACAGCUAGGAAGGGUCUGUUUCAAUGACACCACACACCAGGUGUUUCACUCUUCUUCACGAUACUUGACUGUUGUCUUCAGGAGCGACUACUCUGGUGUCAGCCAUGGUUUCAAGGCCCUUUUCACAAGCUCUCUGACUGCAGAUCAAGGUCGUGUGGAUUGUUCCUCGGACAACAUGGUCAUUGUCAUUCAGAGGUCUUACCUGAACUCACUUGGGUUGAGUGCUAAUGACCUUUAUGUGGAUGACCAUCUUUGCAGACCCACUAUUAGCAGCACUGAAGUUAUGUUCAGAUUCCCUCUUGACACAUGUGGAACCGCCAAAGAGAUGAUGAAUGGUUAUGUGUCCUACACCAACAAUGUGCGGGCCUCUCAGUCUCAGUCGGGUGAAAUCACUCGUCAGUCACAGUUUCUACUUCGCGUAGGCUGCAGAAUGGAGCCGGACACCAUGGUGCAGAUAUUCUACAAGGCCAAGGAGAUCAUCAAUGCCAACAUCACAGGAACCGGGCGCUUCAAUGCCAGCAUAGCUUUCUUCACCUCCAGCAGUUUCAACCAACAAAUUUAUGACUCACCAUAUGAGGUGAACCUCAACCAGCUUCUCUAUGUUCAGGUCAAGCUAAACAGGCUUGACAACAGUCUGGAUCUGUUCCUGGACACCUGUGUAGCGUCUCCAAAUCCCAAUGACUUCAAAGAUCGCUCCUAUGACCUGCUGCGUAACGGAUGUCCCCUUGACAACACAUAUUACUCCUACACCAACGGUCAGCACUACUACGCUCAGAUCCAUUUCCGGGCUUUUAAGUUCCUCCGGACUCAUGCCUUUGUGUACCUGCAUUGUAAGGCGAUCAUCUGCCCCAGUAACGACUACAAUUCUCGCUGCCGCCAAGGUUGCCGCUUACGUCGCAAGAGAUCGCUUGACAGCACCUACCACACCAAUACUGUGACGCUGGGGCCAAUCAAACUCCAAGGAGCCUAGGACAGUGACAUCCUUUCACAAACAACAUGUGAAGACGAAGUCAGCAGACUGAUUUGAUCAUCAGCUUCUUUAUUUCUGAUCUUUAUCAGUAAUCAGUUCAUAUUAUCUUUCCUAAUUAUGUAUUUUUCAUCAAUUCAUUAAAGCAAUCCUUCUUCAAAUGCA